AAGUUCAGGUGGCUUGCAAGAAGUAGGGGGGCGUGAAAAGAAAAUCACUAUCAAAACACCAUUUCACUUCACUGCAACAAGUAGAAGAUUUCUAGUUAGCAACGGAGCAAAUAAUAAUAACUAGAAACUGAGAAAGAGGCAAAUUCAGAUCUUAUAGAAGAAGUUACCAAUCAAACAAACGAAAAUGGGGAAUGAAAGUAGCAACAGCAUUUCAGUAUUGAAAUUGCUUAAUCAAACGGUUUCAGAACCUCACUAUCUCUUCCAUUUCUUAACAUUUUUCUCCUAUUUAGUUAUUCGAAUCUCUGCAACACCAGUUUUAGCUCCUCAUCUUACUCAAACUCUCCUUCGUCGCGAGAUUCAAACGCUGUUAGCUUUUGCUGUUUUGGCUUUAAUCAAGGGUGUGAGAGAGGACACAUGGGAAGCCUUCAUAGCUGAUGCACUUUUCCUUGCCAAGAUUUGUCUUUUUGCUCUUACCUAUACAAUGGACCGCCGCAUAGCUGUUUGGUAUAUUCUUGUAUUUUUAGUUAUACAUGUGCUGACACAACAACCUCCAUCUCAAGGACUAGGUACCUGUAACAAGCUAACACCAUUGUUAUUGGAAAGCCUGCUAACAGAGGGGAACACUUCAAGAUUUUGGCUGGUGGAAUUCAGUGCUUCUUAUUCAUCUGCUUGCAUUCGUUCAAGUCAACAGUUUCCUGAGCUCUCAAUUACAUAUUCAACCAAAAUCUUAUCAUUUGGAAUGGUUGAUCUUGGACUCUUUCCCAAUGCAGCUGAAAAAUUUGGAGUAUCUCUCAGUGGAAGCAUGGGUCAGCUUCCAUCAUUUAUCUUAUUUGACAAUGCAACUGAAAUUGCCCGCUUUCCAGAGUUGGGUUCCGAAACAUCAUUUUUCAACCCUACAAUUACAAAGGGACUUCUUUCUCGACAUUUUGAGCUUGAUCGGCACCUUCUUGAAUAUAUUAAUGGUAAAUAGGUGUCCACUAACGGCCAUUCCUGGCUCGGCUCCGAUAACGCAAUUCCGGAAGGAGUCGGUAGUUGGGCACUGGAUCCCUUCGGACCUGGAGAACGCGCCUGAAAUUGUCUUUGUACUCUAAUUUUUGCUAUUUA